GGGACCUUCAAGCUCCCCUAAAGCUACGCACUGAAUUGUAUUCAGCAGCUAAAAAGUCACAAAAAUCAUUGGUUUCUGCAAAUUUCAUUUCCUUAUCCUGAUUCAACAUAUUCUAAAGUUGAUUUGUGGAGAAAAUUAUGACGGGUGAAUGCCUAAUGGCACAUUUUCAGGUCGAUAUCAAUGGCAAUGCCGAUGAUUUGUUCCGAAAAAUGAAGAAGGGGUCCAUGUAACGUAGCCUACCGUCUGUAGGGUAGGUCUAGAUCUACAUGCGAAGUAAUGUGCAGUGUGUAUCGCGUGUGUAUUUGACUGAUUUGAACACGUUGCAUUGCAGGUCUAACUGUAACAUAGGCUAGAGUGUUCUAGAUCUAGGCCUAUGUGAAUUGUGAUUUGUAUGGUGCGUAGCUUUGGCCUUAAAGGUAAUGGACAGUAGUGGUAGCAAAAUGAAAGUUGGCAUGAAACUGCUCAAAUAUAGACCUAGGCCUAGUGACUAGUCUGAUAUUGUUCGGUUUGCAUACAAAAAUACAUGAGUGAGAUAAUCUGGUAUUCUCUUCACGAUUUCCGGUGAUUUUCAGCUAAAUAAUUCAAAUGAUCGUAUAUCAACCGUCACCUUAUAUGAUGCCUGUCCCUAAAUACCGACCUCUUAACAGUUUCCCGUCCUACUACAGAAAAAGUUCUCUAUAAAAAUUUCUUCAAAUGUUACUGACUUAUACUUUUAGGGAAAAUACUGCUCCAUAUGGUCCACUUUAAUACAUUAAAGUCACGAAUGUAGGCCUACGCCAAUUUGGAAUGGCCGUCAGAACAGAAAACCCUUGCAUAUUUCUUGAAAUAAAAGAUGGUGUCUUAAUACCGACCUUUCAAAUUGACAAUGAAAAUAAUUUGAAAAUUUAGAUGAAAAUAAGUUAAAUUUGAAAUCAAAUAGAACUUCAAUCGAUUCUCCAGAUGUCAAUUACCCGGAUUCGUGUAGUUUUUUUAUAGAUAAAAUACAGCUUCGAAAAUGUAAUUUUUUUCUUGAAACAUGGGCAAAUUAGUACUUUUCUAAAUUUGGUCUAAUCUUUGCUUUCCAAUGACAACUUUUCUCAUAUGAUUUUUAUUAGCAAUCAUAUAAGUCCCAAAAGAGAAUCGACACAAUGCACAGACAAGCAUUAUCCAGUCUUUUCCCAGUAGUCUGUAGCAUACAGACACUAUUUCAUUCUAUUCCUUUUGCCAGUAACUGAAUAGAUAAACAUGUAUUCAUAUCAAAAGAGGGUACGUGUAGCUGAAAAGGUGUUUAAAAUGGUUGGAUGUGGUUGAUUCAUGAACAGCUAAGAUACACAUUUUAAUGAAUUUUUCAGAAGUUGAUUGCUAAAUUGGGUCAAGUAUGCACUUUUCAUUUGCUAAUCUGUCUAGGGAGAUUUUUAACUUUCUCUUUUUGGUGUAUGAUUUCAUUUCUUAAUAUGUUAUUUAAAUAAGUUUAAUUUACAUGUGACACUAAUUAGAAAAAUACUGUUUUAUUUAACAGGAUCUGUGGUUUGACCCCAAUGAUGCCACAAAGGGGUACCUUGCUACGAAGCUCAAUACAAUGAGGAGGAGUUUACCUCCAGAUCAGUUGCAGCGUCCACGCACCAAGACGGACCAAAAACCACAGAAGACACCGCAGAAGGCAGGGAAUUCCAAGUCCAAGACACCAAAGCGCACCCAUGCACAUCUAGAGGAAAUUCCUCAAGUGGAGGAGGAAGAGUUGAUUCUUUUUUGCAAAAGAGCUAGUAUUGACAACAGAAAGCAAAUUCUUCAAGCCAUGGAACAGUCCUUUCAGAACAGGAGGAAUUGGAUUAUGGAGGAAUAUCCAACAGUCGGAGAGAUCCUCGCUCGAUACCCUCGAUUCCAAGAUUUCCCAACUGCGUUGCAGCAGGAAUUCCAUCUCUUAUUUCCUGAUGCAGCAGCUAGACUCAUUUCAACCUGGGAAACGCGGUUUUCCCCAUUCAUCCUGAAAGUAGGAGAAUUAUCCAGACUUCCUAAACUCCAAACACUGAUGGAUGAGAACAAGAAGACCAAGGAUGCACACAAUGGAACACCUGAUGCCCUGUUUGCUUACAAAGUACUGAUAUACCUUCUCCCAUCACACGCAGGGAAGAAAUCUUCAAUUUCAGAUGCUCUCUCAUACUUCAUGGUCACAAGACCGAACGGAACCGCUGUGGCGAGUUUUCUCGUUGAGAAAACGGAUCAAAAGAGAACCCAGCCGUACCUGCUUCGCAUAGGAGAUGGCUUCACAUCCCCGUUGACUUUCUUCAUCAUUGUUGAUGGGAAAGCCGUACCCUGCGAGAGUGAUGCUACUCAAGCAGUUGAUGCUCUAUUCAAGAGCCACUACAUUUUUAACAUUGAGUAUGCAGAUGAGCUGAAGGGAUUCUAUGCAUUCUUAGAGCACUUCGUGUAUGGAAUCGGGGUUUCUACUGAUCACAUUCCUGUCCGUGCACGUGAACUUAUGGCAAGCAUAACAGCAUUGGCUCGCACCCAAAGCCAUUAAUCAUUUCCAACUUCAACUGGAAGAACUGGACAUCGGUUUUCUUGCCUAUGUAUGGAGAAUCAUUACAUUUCAAAGUAAACCUUUCCCUAUUCGCAACCAUUUUUUAAUACAGGUAGUUCCUAGUCAAUGCAUCUGGGAGAGUAUUCCGUAUUCUAUCCUUGGAUUUAGUUGACGAAUACAGUAUGUAUCAAAUUAGGGCUUAUUUUAGGCCUGUAUGGUGUGAAAGUCUCAACAUGCUUUUGAUAUGGCUGUCAAUAGUUCCAUGGUAUAGAUCAUUCUAGUUUUUGAUUCAUGUGAAAAUGUCAGCAUACAUGGAUUUAUUCUGUUAAAUUUGUCUCGUAGUUCUGAAUACAUACACACCUGUAUAACAUUUGUCUGAAUUGUGUGUAAGUGGGGAAUCUUUAUCAUUGGAACCUGCGUAGUAUAGCAGUGUUUUAUACAUACAUGAAUAUUUGAUUCAACUGAUGACUGUAUAAUGUUUGGGUACAUCAGAUAAUAUUAUUCAUUGUGAAAUCCUGGGGACAUGCACAAUGAGCCAUUCCAACACCCUUUAUUAGUAGCUUUUUCUCAUAUUUUUCUUUUUAAGAAUUAAAGUAAUUUCUUGUCAGUGUGAAUUCCCCUUUAAGCAGUAGAUAACUGAGACUAUGGUAUGUAUUGUUGAAAUCUGUAUGUAUACAGUAUAUAAUUCCAUGUUCAGAACUUUUCUAUCUAGUUUCCAGAAAUGUAAAUUUUAUGACAUCUGCAACAGCUUAUACACAUUUUUAUUGGAUGCUUUUUUUUUUUUUUUGCUUUAGUAAUUUCCCCCAUGGUUUCCCAUUCUCUCCAUUCCUUCACUCAGUCUUCUAGGAAGCAGAGUGGGUGGUUACCUAGAUAAUUGUAUGAUUCUGGUGUCUUUUGCUUUUGUCUUUUUUUUUUUUUUUGGUUUUGUUUUGGGUUUUUUUUUUUAUGGCAUCUCUUAAUAGUUUCCACCAUGGUUUCCCAUUCUCUCCAUUGUUUCAGUCUCCUAGCAAGCAGAAUGGGUGGUUACCUAGUGUACGAUCCUGGCGUCUCUUGCUGUUGUCUGUGUUUUGUUUUGUUUUUUUUUUUUUGUUUUUUUUGGGGGGGUUAGUAGUUUCCCCCAUGGUUUCCCAUUCUCUCCAUUGUUUCAGUCAUCUAGCAAGCAGAAUGGGUGGUUACCUAGUGUACGAUCCUGGCGUCUCUUGCUGUUAUUUGGUUUUUUUUUUUGGGGGGGGGGUCAGUAGUUUCCCCCAUGGUUUCCCAUUCUCUCCAUUGUUUCAGUCAUCUAGCAAGCAGAAUAGGUGGUUACCUAGUGUACGAUCCUGGCGUCUCUUGCUGUUGUCUGGUUUUUUUUUUUUUUUUGGGGGGGGGGUAGUAGUUUCCCCCAUGGUUUCCCAUUCUCUCCAUUGUUUCAGUCAUCUAGCAAGCAGAAUGGGUGGUUACCUAGUGUACGAUCCUGGCGUCUCUUGCUGUUGUUUGGUUUUUUUUUUUGGGGGGGGGUCAGUAGUUUCCCCCAUGGUUUCCCAUUCUCUCCAUUGUUUCAGUCAUCUAGCAAGCAGAAUAGGUGGUUACCUAGUGUACGAUCCUGGCGUCUCUUGCUGUUGUUUCGUUGUUUUUUUUUUUUUUUUUGGGGGGGGUCAGUAGUUUCCCGCAUGGUUUCCCAUUUUCUCCAUUGUUUCAGUCAUCUAGCAAGCAGAAUGGGUGGUUACCUAGUGUACGAUCCUGGCGUCUCUUGCUGUUGUCUUUUUUUUUUUUUUUUUGUGUUUUUUUUUUUGGGGGGGGGUAGUAGUUUCCCCCAUGGUUUCCCAUUCUCUCCAUUGUUUCAGUCUUAUAGCAAGCAGAAUGGGUGGUUACCUAGUGUACGAUCCUGGUGUCUCUUGCUGUUGUCUGUUUUUUGUUUGGUUUUUUUAUUUUUUAUUUUUUUUUUGGGGGGGGGGUUGUAGUUUCCCCCAUGGUAUCCCAUUCUCUCCAUUGUUUCAGUCUUCUAGCAAGCAGAAUGGGUGGUUACCUAGUGUACGAUCCUGACAUUUCAUCUUCUUGUCCAGUGUUGUGGUACUUUAAAUCAUAUUUAGAAGUUUCCUACAGUAUUGCAUUAUCUUUGAACUAUCAUAAGAUUCUUAACCAAGAAUGCUGAGGCUAUUUAAUGAGGGAGAGUAUAUUUGGUUCAGUAAUCAAGUUUGUAUAGGUGUUCACCAAUCCGUCUGUUACUUGUCAUGGUGAAGCUACUCCCUAUUGCAGUUGAGUAAUCAUUUAUCCCUUUGCAGUUGAUUAAUUCUUUAUCAGAAUCGUGGCUAAUUGAAAUAGGCAUGUGAUGUGAAACUCUUGACCCUGAAUAUGCUUUCGACAUUGGGGUGGCAUGAGCCCCCUUCCAUAUCAUAUGAAAACAAGUGAAAAGUAACAAUUUCCAUGAGAAUGUGUAGGUAAUAGAUUUAUUUUAUCAAAACAGUAUAUUUUGUGAUGUGGAGCUGAUGUUCUAACGUAAUGAGGUCAAGGUAAAAGGAUAGUUUUAAAAAAAUGAUGAAAGAAGUGCUUAAUGGAUCAUUUCAUAAUUGAUUCAUUGAGCUCAAAUUUUUAAAGAAACAUCCACACAUCUGUCAUUGCAACAUUGCUUUUAUGUGAUAUCUUUCAUAACCAGGGACACAAUACUUGCAUGUUAGGCAUCCUGGAAAGGAUGCUUCAUGAUGAAGUAUGAUGCCCACAUACAAAAUUCAGUCUUGUUUUUAUAUAUUUCUGCUGUUCUGCAUCAAUUUUACCUACACAAACAUUAAAAACAUCCAAAGAUAAAUACAAAGCAUCAUUUCUGAUAGUUGUUUUCAUUUGAAAUUGUAAAUUAAUUUGAUGCUAGAUCCCCUCUAUCCCACUACUGAACUUCCCCAUUAAGCUGUAGAUGAUUGAGAAUAUCUUAUGUACAGUUUAUAUCUGUAUGUUUACAGUAUAAUUGAAUGUUCAUGAAUUUUUCUAUCAAGUUUCCAGAAAUUUGAAUUUUUUAUGACAUUUGCAACAGUUUAUACAUAUUCAUAUUUGAUGCGUUUUACUUAGACAAAUUUAAAAUCGAUUGUUAUAAAAUUUGCAACAACACUCACUUUUUUGUUGCAUUCAUUUAAAUUUGUCAAAGUUGAUACUGAUUUUUAUGGCAUUUGUAACAACUUGUAUUGGAUUAGAUGCAUUUGAAUUUGACAAAUUUGAAAUGGAUUGUCAUGACAUUUGCAAUAACUUAUAUUAUUGAUUGGAUGCAUUUGGAUUUGACAAAUUUGAAAUGGGUUUUUUGUGCAUUUGCAACAACUUUCACAUUUUUGAUUGAGUGAAUGUAAAUAAAUAUUUAGCUCUUGCAAUCAUUUGAACUG